AUGGCGGAAUUCAAGGCAGCUUCUAUGUUUGCCGUUGAUGGUUGGAAUGUGGUCAUAACUGGAGGUGGAAGUGGCCUGGGCAGAAUUAUCGGCAAGGCUUUCUUGGCCAAUGGAGCAGAGUCCGUCACUCUCAUCGACAUCCUACCUGGCCGCCUGGAGGAUGCAAAGAACGAAUAUGCUACAAUAAGGCAGCAGCUGGAUCUCAAGGGAGAUGUGUACAUUGUUCAAGGGGAUGUCGGCAGCAAGCAUGGCAUUGAUGAAGUCGUCACCAAAGUAAAAAGUCUUGGGAAGGGAGUCGAUACCCUAAUUACUGCCGCGGGUAUACGAAGGCUCAACAAGAAGUCCUUUACUCCUGGACAGGGUCUUGCUGCACUGGUCGAGAGCACCAAUUCGCUGGACUGGCAGGACUUGGACGACUCGUUCCACAUCAACGUGUUCUCUCAAUACUAUCUGACUGCGGGACUUCUGGAUCUCUUAGGUGCCAGUGCUGCGAAGCAUCCUGGUAGAGGUUCGGUGAUUUGUUUCUCCAGUGUGGCAAGCAAGCACACAGCUCAGUUCCUCCCGGCCUAUCAAGCUUCGAAAGCUGCCGUAGAUCACUUGGCCAAGAUCAUGGCUGCUGAAUUUGCAGAUCUGUACAUACGGGUGAAUGCCAUAUCCCCAGGUCUAUUCGCAAGCAACAUGAAUCCGAUGGACCCUAGCCAUCCAGACUCGAACAUGAAAUUCGCAAAGGAGAUGCCUGCACGUCGACCAGGAACCGAACAGGAGCUCGCCUCUGCCGCCCUGUAUCUGGCCAGCCCCGCCGGCUUUUAUGUGGACGGACAUAACCUGCGUGUUGACGGAGGGAGGCUCCUAGUGGCGGCUGGCAAGAUAGAAGUUCGAGAUUAA